AUGUCCGAUCUCCUUUCUUCCAUAUUCCUAAUAACGUUUCUGAGUUCUGCUUCUUGCGAGACACAAGAAAUCAUUUAUUUGGCUUCCAACACUUCGAUUCUCAGAGAUGUCAAACACGGUCUUCAUUUCGCUAACUUUGUAAAACACCGGUUCAAGUAUUUGAAAGUCACACCCUUCAUGUCUUCACUGAUACCAAACCAGAAAAAGUGUCAGCUUUUUUGUGUUCAAAACUUGCAGUGUUUGUCGCUUAACGUCGCUGUUUUCCCCGACUCUGAUGACAAGUUUAAAUGUGAGCUUCUUGCCACGGACAUUUUCAAUUCUUCUUCAAGCAUCACCAACGACGUGAAUUACAACCAUUACAGCUUUGAGACUAAAUGUCACGACCAGCCUUGUGCAAACAAUGGUAUGUGUGUUCCCAACUACAAGACCAACACAUACUCGUGUCAGUGCCAGUGUCCACAUUACGGCUACAACUGUGAAAAAGGCGAGUAA